AGAAAGAAAGAAAUCUCUUUUAUGUAUAAAAUAAUUACAAUAUCCCAACCGGCGUCUCUGUCGUCCAAAAUUUUGAUUUAUUCUUCAACGAAGUUUCUUCUUCUGCUUCCUUUUCUUCGUUUUCAUCAUCCAAAACCCUCCGAUUGAAAAAGAUUCUCCCGCAUCCGCCAUUGAAACACCUUCAUCCCUAUUCGGUUUUGCCGUUUCAUCAGUAAAUGAGGUGCAAGAAGCACCACUCCGACUUCACCAGCACCGUCGGCGUCUGUGCUUCCUGUUUACGGGAGCGUCUUUUGUCUAUCAUAGCCGCUCAGGCACAGGCCGAAAAGAAUCAAUCUCAACUCACUUCCGGCGGUAUUCGCUCCGCGGAUGAUCCUCUUCCGCCACCGCUUCUCUUUCUUCAUUCCGUCUCUCCUCACGCUACGAAAUCGAAUGAAGAUUUAUGGACUAAUCUCGAUCGCGAAGGUAAUCUACGCUCUCGUCAUCAGAGGUUCUACAGUACUCCACAAAUUGGACCUAAUUGUAGAACGAACAACAGUGCGAACACUACGUUCGUCACUACAGGUUCUUUCGAUCGGAAACAGAGAAGUAAGAAAUUCUCGCUUUGGUCGAAGCUUUUUAGGUCUAGAUCCGAGAAAUUCGAGAAGAAUCACAAAAGUCCUUCUCGAGAAUCGCAUGGUCCAGGUUCUUCUUCUUCAUCGCCGUCGUGGUUCUCGACGAUCUUCCACGGCCGUCGGAUUAAGCGACAAUCAAGCCUUACGCCAGUCGAGGAAUCGAUCCCCGUUGCCGAACGGAGGCAUUGCCAAGCGAUUGAACGCGGAAUGUCUCCAGUAAGAGUAUCUGACUCGGAUGAAGAAUGUGAAGGUCCUGAUCGUUCUCCUAUUUCUCAAAAGUUUCAACUGUCUCCAAUGGCGGCUCCUGGAUCGGCGAAACGCGGGAGAUUAGAGCACAAUCAAAACGUUUCGGGAUUUGCAUUCUGCUUGAGUCCACUAGUACGAGCAAGUCCGAAUAGGAAUUGGAACCAGAAAGUAAUUCCACCGGAAACUGCCUUUUCCGGUAACAUCAAGGUGCCGGCGAAGCCUCAUCUUUGUGCAAACCGGUCGAGGAAGAUAGCGGACUUUGGAAGAGUCAAUCACAACCGUUGAUGUUGAUUAUCGUUGACGUUUGACCACAAUAUUGAUUGUUGAUGGUGAUACAUUUUCUCAAAAAGUACGAUUCUACCCCUCCUAAGCUUUGUAAUUUCCCCCCCCUCCUUUUACUGAGUGAUUAGAAAAGAAAAGAAAAAGUCAUACGGUCUCAUGUGCAUUAAUUUAUUAUCAAUACACAAAAUAAUAACAAUAACAUAAACCACUAUAUUAGACUUUAGGACUUUUGGAAUUUCA